CGUGGGCGCCGAUCUUCCGAGGACGACCCUGGCCCGGAGCGCCGCGGCCGGGGACCCAGGCCAGAAGCGGCUCCCCCGGGCCCCGUGCGUCUCGGCGCCCCCGCGCGCCCCGCGCGCCCCAGCCCGCCUCGGCCCCGGCGCGCCGCGCCCCCAGCCCGGAUGCCGGCGCCCGGCCGGGCUCCCCGCGGGCCGCCGCUGACCAUGCCCGGGCGCCGGGGGGCGCUGCGCGGGCCGGCGGGCGGCGGCUCCUGCCUGGUGGCGGCGCUGGCCCUGCUGCUGCUGCUGCUGCCCGCCGGCUGCCCGGUGCGGGCGCAGAACGACACGGAGCCCAUCGUGCUGGAGGGCAAGUGCCUGGUGGUGUGCGACUCCAGCCCCUCGGCCGACGGCGCCGUCACCUCCUCGCUGGGCAUCUCCGUGCGCUCGGGCAGCGCCAAGGUGGCCUUCUCCGCCACGCGCAGCACCAACCACGAGCCGUCGGAGAUGAGCAACCGCACCAUGACCAUCUACUUCGACCAGGUGUUAGUGAAUAUUGGCAACCAUUUCGACCUCGCCUCCAGUAUAUUUGUAGCUCCGAGAAAGGGGAUCUAUAGCUUCAGCUUCCACGUGGUCAAGGUCUACAACAGACAAACCAUCCAGGUCAGUUUAAUGCAGAAUGGGUACCCGGUGAUCUCAGCCUUCGCGGGGGACCAGGACGUCACCCGGGAGGCCGCCAGCAACGGCGUCCUGCUGCUCAUGGAGAGGGAGGACAAGGUGCACCUCAAGCUGGAGCGGGGCAACCUCAUGGGCGGCUGGAAGUACUCCACCUUCUCCGGCUUCCUGGUGUUUCCCCUGUAAGCGGCGGCCGCGCGUUGCUUGGACCCCGGAAUCCGUCCUCCCCAAGGCCCCGAACUCGUCCGAUCAGGACACCUUGUUUCCAGCCUCCACCAGACCGAUGGCGUCAGGGGACGAGCUCCGUCUGCAUCUCCAGUUUUUCCUUUGAAUAGCGACCAUUCCGCGGGAACUGGCCUCGUUAGCGUUAGAGGACAAGGUCUUCAGGAGGCUUGAAAGGAUCGAUUUGAGCGAAUUCGUCCCCGUGAUUGUAAAGUCAAUAUUGGAUUUUAUUGUGGGGA